UGGAUGAUAAGCUAGUUCAUCUAUGUUGCAAAUCUUAUAGCACAAGUGGGCUCUAUUACAGCUAUACUUUUAUAUAUGACUUGGAAGGCAAAGCCAUGUGAACUUCAAAUGCUUAUGUCUCUUCCACAUAUGUCAAACCUUCCCAAAUGUCUUAAGAACCACUUGUUGGCUAUGUAUGCAUUUAAACACUCCAUUCAUAUAACCUAUAUAAGGCUACAUAGCCACAUAACCAAAUCAUCAAGUCCUCACAUUCUCUACAACAAAAUAUUCCUUUGAAUUACUCUAAUACUUCUUCUAAAGAAAAAUCAUACAAAGGAAUAUCAACAUGGCACUUGGAUUGACUCGUUUUGUUCAGGGUAAGAAGGCUCUUCGAAUAUCGCUUUCAGGCAUCAAAGAAGCAACUUUGAAGUGUUCAAGCAUUCCAAAAGGCUACUUUGCAGUGUAUGUUGGAGAAGAUCAGAAGAAGCGUCAUGUAGUGCCUCUUUCGUACCUAAAUGACCCUUCAUUUCAAGACUUGCUAAGUAUGGCUGAACAAGAAUUCGGAUAUGACCAUCCAAUGGGUGGACUCACAAUUCCUUGUAGAGAAGACAUCUUCAUAGAUAUCACAUCUCAGUUGAAUUGAUAAUUGUAAUUUGUAGCACUGACAUAGAUAUUUACAUAACAAAUUUUGUACAUCAUAUACUUUUACCCUUUUUCUGACUAGUUGAGAAACUAGCAAAUAGAAAUUACUCAUUUGAUUACCA